AUGGAUCCGGAUCCUGAUCCUGGAGACACAGAUGCCACCACCACGGAGAAACCAGCAGACCACCACAGCCAGGACCAGGAGCUGGACCCGGUGCUGGUCUGGGUCCCCAGUGGCCGGCGCCUGAUCUCGGGUCUGCUGGGCUUGAACGUUCUCCUGCUGGGAGCAGCUCUGGUCGCCGGGCAGGUUUUCAACCCGGACGCUCUGAAGCACCAGGAGCCUCAGGUGUUCAUGCUCCUGCUGAUGGGGGUCAGCCUGAUCUGGAUGCUGUGGUACCUGCUGUGGGCCAGGAACCAGCCUGGUACCAGUCCACACAAGGACCACCACGCCGGUGGGAUCGCCGUCGUCUUGGCGCUGCUCGUGUUCGCAGCGUUCAGCGCGCUGCUCUUCGUCUGCAGGAUGGGUUAUUUGAUCAGCGUGAGGGAGUGUCAGCCCGCCGCCAGACUCCUCUCCGUGUUCACGGAGGCUCCGUUCCUCGUGCUGCAGACGUAUUUACUGUGGGCUCACUGUAAAGACUGUGUCCACAAACACAAGAUCAUCACCAGGUCGGGGCUGAUGGUCGUGUUGUCCACGGACCUGCUGCUGUGGCUGAGCGCCGUCACCGAGGACACCAUCCACGAGGAGAUCGAGUUAGAGAAGGAGGACGGACUGAGGUUCAGCAACGGGGACAGAGCUGAGGACGACCAAGAGCUCACAGAUAACGCCACGUUGUGUCGGUGCAGCGCCAGCGCCACCUGCCUCAUCUUCAGGAAGGGCUUCGAGAUCCUCUACCCCUUCAACAUCGAGUAUUACCUGAUGGCGGGAUGCAUGGUCUACGUGAUGUGGAAGAACGUGGGCCGCAGGGUGAGCCCGGGUCACCACGCCGCUCACAAGCUGACCCUUCGCAUCGUGUACCACGGCGGCAUCAUCUACGGCCUGGUGCUCGGCGCCCUGGUCCUGCUCGCCGGAGUGACCGUCUUCAUUCUCUACCAGGUGUGGGUGAGCCAGCAGCAGCUCCGCCCCACCGCCUUCCUCGUCUUCUACGGCUACCACUUAGCCGUCAUGCCCAUCAUGUCCCUGUGCUCGCUGGCCGGGAUGGUGGUCCACAGGCUGGAGAGGAGGGCCCACGAGGGCGGACACAACCCCGCCCGCAGCCUGGACGUGCUCCUCCUGGUGGCCGCCGCUCUGGGCCAGCUCGCCCUCUCCUACUUCUCCCUGGUGGCGGCCCUGGCUCUGGGGACCAGCGGUCUUCUGGGAGACCUGGACCUGUCCUACUCCAUCCUCAGCCUCCUGGAGCUGGUGCUGCAGAACAUCUUCAUCAUCGAAGGCCUUCACCGGCACCCGGACCUGCUCGCCAAGAAGAAGAGCAGGAACAUAUUUAAGCUGAAGAAAAAGGUCACUGCGCCGACACCAGAGGAGGAGAAGAAGGUGAACGUGUCACUGCUGGAAGUCACCGUGGCGUCGGCUCCCCCUGCUGGUCAUGACGGGAAGAAGUCCUGGCACAAAACAGCAACACAGGAAAUCUGUGCUUUUCUCAUCCUGUCAAAUAUAAUGCUGUGGAUCAUUCCUGCCUUUGGCGCUCACCCUCAGUUUGAGAACGGCGUGGGGAAGCAGUUCUUUGGCUUCAGCGUGUGGUUUGUCCUGGUGAAUCUGGGUCAGCCGCUCAGCGUCUUCUACAGGAUGCACUCAGUGGGAGCUUUGAUGGAGCUGCUGAUCUCUGCGUGACAGAGAAACGGAGAAUAAAAGAGAGUUAAAACCAAACACAGAAACAUCAUCACACACACACACACGUGUGAGCCGUGGACUCGCUACGCUGCGCUGUCUCCAUGGUUUGUUAGCUCGGUGUGAAAGGUGUCGUUUCAGCUGGCUCAUAAAGCAAAAUCACUGCCAGCGGCUUUGAUAUGUUAGAAAAAUAACUAAAUGAUGGCAGUUUUAUCUUUAAAAUGGAAAAAAAACAGUAAUGGACAGGAAGUUAGCAAAAAGUUAGCAAAAAGUUGGUCAAAAUGACAUCACUCACAGCAUUUCAGAUUUCACUGAAACAGUUAAACAUGUCACUAAAUUUGUUUAUUAUUAUUAUUAUAAAAUCAUGAAAUUUAUGCCACUUGUAUCUAAAAAGUUUUCUUUUGAAAUUGUGAACAACUGACAGGAAGUUAAUAAUAAUAACAAUAAUAACUUAGACUUAUAGAGCGCCUUUCACGGAACCCAAGGUCGCUGCAAGUUAGCAAAAGACGACAAUUUCACAUUUUGAAAAUAAUUCUGCCGCUGCUUCAAAAAACAAAAAAGCAAAUGACAGGAAGUUAGCCAAACGUCAGCUAAUAAACCGACAGCAGUGACAGAAUUUUUAAGUCAGUUGCUAAAAUUAAGAACAUUUUAUAAGAAAAUCUUUAAAUUUGUAAACUUAGCAAUGGACAGGAUGUUAGCCCAAAGUUAGCUAAAGACACGGCAUCACUGACGGAAAGUUUCAAUGUGAAAAUUCUUAUUCUUCUGCUGAUGCUUUGAAAAAUCAGCAACAGACAGAAGGUUAGCUAAACCUUAAAAAGUUGCUCAACAUAACGUCACCAAGUCAGACUUCACUGAAACUGUUUAACACGUAACUGAAUUUGUUUAUUUAAAUAAGAAAACGAUGAAAUGAUGACACCUGUGUCUUUAAA